GACCCAAGUUAAAAACAGCUCUCACGAUGGUCGUGUAUUGGAGGGUGGAUGAUUGAUUAUCUGUACAAUUGUUUUAUUUUACUUUUGUAAUCUUAUUUCGAUGGAAGCGGGAAGGAUCCUCCACAUCGGCAUGCCAUGGACCCCCGGUUGCCCGCAUCCACUUCCUCCUCCUCUUCCCAAGUUCCCGCGCUUUAUUAGGGCUUCUUCUAUUCAGCGGGAAAGUUACAAAGGACCAAAGCCGAGCCGGGGUUGGAUUGCCGAUUGGGUCUCCAAGAACGACGACGCCGUUCGGAGCUUGCCAAUCUACGUCGGAGGAGCCUCUUUGUUAGCCGUUCUCUUUAACCGUGCCGUCUCGGGGAUUGCUCCGGUUGCUGAUGCCAGCAGUUCACAGUCAAGAGCAGAUCUAUUGACACUUGGUUUGGCUGUGACCAACAUAUUAACUGGACUAGUAUGGUUAUCAAUCCGACCAAAAUCUAUUACUCCGGUAGACCCUCAAGGAGUGGAGUGUCAAGUAAUUUAUUGUCACCUUCCUGAAUCGGUUGUUUCUGAGAUAUUUUGGGCUUGGGAAUCUCUUUCAGCCGUAACAUGCUGCAGGUCUCUUGUUAUUGUUUACAACUGCCAAUGUAUUGCUCAAAUUGGUGUGGCUGCUAAAUUGCGGAAUGAUGAACCUUUCGCUGUGGAUGCUGCUAAAUUGAUGCAGGGAUCACUUUGUCAAGGUGUUUUGAAGUCUGGAGCACAGAGCUACUUGGCCAACCUGUCUCUUUACCCUGGGAGGUCUGAACUGCCAUUUCUGCCUUCAAAUACUCAGGCAGUGAUCUUGCAGCCACUGGGAGAUAGUAGCAUUGCAAUUCUUGGUGGGGACACAAUUAGGGGUUUUACAACUUCUGACCAGGCAUGGAUUACUUAUGUUGGAGAGAAAUUGGAUGCCACGCUUUCAAAAUACCUAAGCAACAUGCCAUCGGUGGUGCAAGAGUGAGUUUGAAACAAAUCAAACUAUGAGCAAUGAUCUCUUGUUUAUAAGAUCUACUGCAGCUUUUGUUUAAGGAAAAAGUUAACCCUUAAUGACACCCAAUGGAGCUCGUCCCAUUUCCAUUUCUUUUCUAGAGUGCUGAUUCUUAUCUGAAGGCAUCUGUGACAACUGCAAACAUCAACCUUUUUUAUGUAUAAAAGCAGUGAUGUUCCUUGGAACUGAGGGCAGAAGACAUCUCUGGACACGGGGCCAUACAUGCUGCCAUGUUAUUACUAAUUCAAUUUUGCUCUGGUCCCUGAAAAUAUUUCUAUUGCCAACUUCUGAUGCUUUGCAUUGAAACAUUCUUGGAUAUGCAGUUGAAAAUUUCUUAUUUAAACAAAAACAUAUCCAAGUCUAGUAUUGACACAAAAGGGUUCUGUUACAUGCCUUGACGCUUCAAAACCUGCGAUGGCGUGUUUUUAGCUGUAGGCUGUGCAUGAACAGUAAGUAGAUCAUGCUUAUUUUUGUAAUAGGCUAAACUUCCAAAUUGCUAGUUCAAUUCUCCAGCUUCCAGGAAGCUACUAAUGAACGAUCUGGUAUCCACUUUCUAUAUGAUGUAUAGAGGAUGCAGUUAUUGUGCACCAUAAGGUCUUCAGAAACAUUUUACAUCAUGCAUUCAAGUUCAUCGCCCUGUUAUUAAUAAAAUAGGAUUAUGAGUUUUUCCAACAUUUUUUAAGAAGUAGUCCCCCUAAAU